AUGUGGGAUGAGAAAUUGGAUCCAACUGCCAUCAGCUACAAUUCUGGGAUCAGCGCGUGCGCGAAAAGCGGGGCGUGGCAAUUGGCUACGUUGCUGGUCGGUGUUAUGCGGGUGGCGAGAUUGGAUCCCGACGUCUUCAGCUACACUGCUGGGAUCAAUGCGUGCGCAGUUGGCGAGCAGUGGCAGCAGGCUCUGUCUCUAUUUGACGAAAUGUGGGAAGCGAGGAUAGAUCCCAGCGUCAUCAGCUACAACGCAGUGAUCAGCGCUUGUGACAAAGGUGGACAGUGGCAGCAAGCGCUGUCGUUGCUCGGCAAAGUUUGGGAUCAGAAGAAAAAGCCCGACGUCACCUACAUCAGCUACAGCGCAGUGAUCAGCGCGUGCGAGAAAGAUAAGCAAUGGGUGCAG